AUGGGCGAGGGCGAGGACGAGGCUGAGAGCUCGAGCUCCGGCGCGGCCGCGGUCGAACCCAAGGAUCCGAGAACGAUCGCUCGCAAAUAUCAGCUGGAUCUUUGCAAGAGGGCAGUCGAUGAGAACAUCGUGGUGUACCUUGGAACAGGAUGUGGGAAGACACACAUUGCCGUGUUACUCAUGUAUGAGCUUGGACACCUCAUCCGCAAACCCAGCCACGAGGUCUGCGUCUUCCUCGCACCGACCAUACCCCUUGUCCGUCAGCAAGCAAUGGUGAUUGCGGAUUCCACUAAUUUUAAAGUUCAACGUUACUAUGGAAGUGGUAAAAACUCUAGAGAUCACCAGGCAUGGGAGAAAGAGAUGCGAGAAUACGAGGUCCUUGUAAUGACUCCCCAAAUAUUAUUGCACAAUUUGCGUCAUUGUUUCAUCAAGAUGGACUUAAUUGCACUUUUGAUAUUUGAUGAAUGCCAUCAUGCACAAGCACAAAAAAGGCAUCCAUAUGCACAAAUUAUGAAGGAAUUCUACAAUAACGCUGAUAAACAUCCUCGUGUUUUUGGCAUGACUGCUUCACCGAUUAUUGGAAAAGGUGGUUCUAACAAGCUUACCUACACUAAAUGUAUCAACAGUCUCGAGGAAUUACUUAAUGCAAAGGUUUGUUCAGUUGAUAAUGUAGAACUUGAAAGUGUGAUUGCUUCUCCUAAGAUUGAAGUGUACUUUUAUGGCCCAGUUGGUCACUCUAACUUGAUUACGACUUACAUCAAUGAGCUUGAUGGCUAUAAGUCUCAGUCUGAAUACAUGUUAAGAGAGAGUGCAUGCAAUUUCAAGGAGUCACAGAAGAAACUGAAGUCGUUAUGGAGGUUGCAUGAAAAUUUGAUUUUCUGUUUGCAAGAAGUUGGUCUCUUUGGAGCCCUCCAAGCUGCAAGGACCUUUUUCUCUCCCAGUAGUGUUAGUCUAGAUGGAAAGGGGGUUGACAUUAAUGACUAUGUAAACAAAGCAACGUCUCUUCUAAGCCGCGGCAUCUUAGAAGGUGCGGAUGCUGAUUCAUUUGACCUAGAGACAAUAGAAGAACCUUUCUUCUCAAAAAAAUUUGCAGUUCUUAUUGACGUUCUAUCGAGAUACAGAGUAGUAGCACAUAUUCUCCAAAAUCUGAAGUGCCUUGAUUUUUGGAAAUGUGAGUUUCUUGUGGGAUGCCACUCGGGAUUAAGGAACAUGUCAAGGGACAAGAUGGGUUCUAUCAUUGAAAAGUUCUCUUCGGGUGAGGUGAACCUUUUGGUCGCUACUAGUGUAGGUGAGGAGGGACUUGACAUUCAGACUUGCUGCCUUGUUGUGCGGUUUGAUCUCCCUGAAACUGUUAAUAGCUUUAUCCAGUCAAGGGGACGUGCCCGGAUGAGUAAAUCUAAAUAUGUUUUUCUCCUGGAGAGGGGAAAUCAGUCUCAGGAGAAGUUACUUGAUGAUUAUAUUACUGGUGAAAGCAUUAUGGAUAAAGAGAUUAACUUGAGAACAUCAAAUGAUAUGUUCGAUUGCCUUGAGGAGAACAUCUAUCGAGUCAAUGAUACUGGCGCUUCCAUUAGCACUGCUUGCAGUGUAUCUCUAUUACAUCGCUACUGUGAUAACCUUCCUAGAGAUAUGUUUUUUGUUCCUUCCCCAUCAUUCUUCUUUGUCGAUGACAUUGAUGGAAUAGUUUGCAGACUAAUUCUUCCACCAAAUGCUGCUUUCCGUCAAGUGAAUGGUCAACCCUGUCCAUCGAAAGAUGAAGCUAAGAGAGAUGCAUGCUUGAAAGCAUGCAUUAAACUUCAUGAACUCGGUGCUUUGACAGAUUUUCUUCUACCUGGCCAAGGCUCUAGAAAGAUGAAGGUAUCAACAACAAAUAUUUCAGAAAGCAACAAAGAUGAGGAUGAAAGUUUUAGGGAAGAGCUUCAUGAGAUGUUAAUCCCUUCAGUUCUGAGACCUUCAAGAUGCAAACUAGAUUGCUCAUUGAAGUUGCAUUUCUAUUACAUAGAAUUUAUUCCCAAACCAGCAGAUAGACGAUAUCAGAUGUUUGGUCUUUUUGUGAUCAAUCGCCUUCCAGAGGAAUCUGAAAAGUUGGAUGUUGAAUUGCAUCUUGCUCAUGCGAGGAUUGUGAAAGCAGGAAUUAAAUAUUUGGGAAAGAUUGAGUUUAACAAAGAAGAGAUGAUACUCGCACACAAUUUUCAAGAAAUGUUUUUGAAAGUUCUCCUGGACAGAUCCGAGUUCACUUCAUCUUAUAUUUUGUUGGGGAAUGAUGCUGCAUUGGACAUGGAUUCAACAUUUUACCUUUUACUUCCCAUCAAGCAGAAAUUCUAUGGUGAUAAUAUGAUUGAUUGGCCAACAAUAAAGAAGUGUUUAUCGUCACCUGCAUUUCAAGAUCCAAUGGGUUUGUCUCUGCCUGAUUCAUGUUUGCCAAAUGAGUCUUUGAAGCUUCUUGGUGGAACGUACAAGAAAGCUGAUGUCAUUGGCAGUUUGGUAUAUACUCCCCACACCGACCUGUUUUUCUUCGUUGACUCCAUUCUGGAUGGAACAAAUGCUAAAAGUGAGUUGAACGGUGCAACUUAUGCAGAACAUUUUAAGGAAAGGUUACAUAUCGAGCUUUCCCAUCCUGAGCAGCCAGCCACUUUUGAAAGCUAA